GACAACUGCACUAUCACAAACGUCAGUAGCAGCCCCUACAAAUAGUUCUCAUGAACAACUGGAUUUUUCGGAAUUCUUUAUGUCACAUGACGAUAUUUGUGGUAUGACAUUAACACAGUCGUUUAUUUAUAUAGCAACAAAAUAUGAAAUAAGAAUUGUAUCAUUAGAUAAAAAAAAAAUAAUUGCUCAAUAUGGUACAGAAGGUAAUGGACCUAAUAAGUUUAAACAUAUAUCAUAUCUUUAUAUUCCACGCAACGAUGAAACUAAUCUUUAUGUUGUUGAUCGUGGUCAAUACUGUGUUCAACACUAUAAAAUAAAUGAUACAGGUCUUCAUUUUAAACAUGUUCAUCAAUAUGUUGUCAUUGCAAAUGUUUCUCAAGGAUACAAUUUAGUAUCAUGUGUUAUUUAUAAUGAAAAUCUUUAUGUUAGUGAUGAUGCUAAUAAUUGUUUGCAUAUUUUUCCUUUAAAUCGAGAGCGUCAAUCUGAUUAUUUAGUUGAUAAAUCAAUGCCACGAUUUUCACCUGGAUCAUUAUGUGUUGAUGAUAAAUAUUUAUAUGUUGCUGAUCGUUCAUCAAAAGGUCUGGGCAUACUAGUAUUUGAUGAACAAUGGGAAAUAAUUGAUUGGUUUCGUAAUUCUUUGUUAAAAGAAGUUCUAGCUAUGGAUAUAGUUCCAGAUAUUAAUAAAUUAUAUAUUUUAACAACAACACAAGAUGAAAAUGAUGAAAAGAAAAAACGACCAUUGAUUGCAUCAAUGGAUCUUGUCAUUCGUCCUAGACAAUAA